AUGUCGUCCCUCUGGACGAAAUGGUCGAACGGACAGGUUAACUACUACUUUGACGGCGUGGAUGUCAACCGGGCGAACAUCAUGAGGGCCGGAAUGGCCUACAUCAGCAACUACACCUGCCUUCGCUUCGUCGAGAACUCCAAGGCUGAUCAACGACUUCUGAUUCUUACUAAAGGGUAAGCCACGUCACAGACCGAAAAGAGUUAACAACUUCUGAUUUGAGUGGAAGUGGAUGUAGCUCUAUCAUUGGUGCGCCAGGAACCAGAGGAAGUCCGUACGGAGAGAAAACGCUUCAAUUCGGAAACUGUCCCGUUCUGGGAAGUGCCGUCCACGAGGUGUCCCACUCUCUCGGCUCCUACCACGAGCACAACCGGCCAGAUCGAGACAAUUUCAUCGUUGUGAACGAAGCGGAAGUGAAACGGACAGGCCAGCAACAGAACAUGAACAAGGAGACGUACAUUAUUCUGUACGUUCCAUUCGAGUACGGCAGUGUCAUGAUGUACGACACGCACAAGUACGGACCAGAGAUUAUGAAGCCGAAGGAAGAAAACUUUGAGAGGACGAUGGGAAACAGAAGAGUCUCCUUCUACGACAUCGAGAAGCUGAACAAGUAUUACGAGUGCAAGUGUGAGAAACAACUGCAGUGCGACAACGGCGGAUACACCAAUCCGAGGGACUGCUCCGUCUGCGUCUGUCCGAAGGGCUUUUUCGGAAAACUGUGCAACGAGAGACCCAAAAUCGAUUCGUAUGAGCUGGCGGCAUCUUCCGAAUGGCAGUCAACAACUAUCUGGUUCCAGUACAAGUUCACAGGGGACAACCUCGCAUACUUCCACUCCUCGUUCGCCUACAUCAACGCACCGAACAACAAGACCAUCGAGAUCCAACUGGAAAGAUUGGGAGAGCUCGUCUGCCAGAAUGGGUGUAAUCAGAACGGAGUGGAGAUCAAAACGAGGGAAGACAGAAAGGCUGUCAGUCCGAUGUAAGUUCAUUCGAUCAUCCGGAGCAACCCAUCUCUUUCAGCAUCUGCUGCCCCGAUCAGGAGUUUGCGAACAAUGUCUUCUCUUCGAAAAACAACCCGACGGUCAUCGAAAUGUUCUCGAACAGAGAAAAGAACAGUGUGGUUGGGUUCAGUUACCGUUAUGUUUGA